CGCAGAGGGUAGCAGCAAAGGAAGAUGCCAUUCGUCCAAGCAGGGGGUCCCGGCAGUUACUCCCCAGAUGAGCAGUUGGACCGGUCGUAGAGCUUGAGAGGGAGAAGCUGAUGAAAUAUCUGGGAGAGGACAAUGAUUGGGAAAUCUUACUUCCUGCUGUCACUCCUCCAAGCUGGACUGGCACAAAACUGGGAAGCCGACACUCCACAUGAGGUGACAGCACAGGAAGGUUCCUGUGCACAGAUUCCAUGUCAUUACAGGUAUCCUUUAGAUCUGGCAGACCAACAUCGAGAUGGAAUCUGGUUUAAUAACGAGAAAGAGGUCACAUCGUCGAUAGUCUUUCACUCCCGGGAUCACAGUCAAGAGUCGCCACAUUUCCACCAUCGGACCCGACUGUCUGGACACCUGAAAGAUGGAGACUGUUCCCUGAUUAUAAACAACAUCAGGCGGCAAGAUGCAGGACCUUAUCUUUUCAGAGUAGAAUUUGAGGGAAAGUCUAAAUACAGCUACAAACCCAUAACCCAGCUUCACGUUUCCGAUUUCACAGAUAAACCCAUGAUAUUCCCUGUGGAAAUUAUUGCAGGGAAGCGUGUGAACCUGAGCUGCACCUUCAACACAACAUGCAAUGGAACAGCUCCUGCCUUAACCUGGGACACUCCCACUGCAGUACCUGGAUCAGUCUCAAACACUGUAACUCAGCAUGGUGUCACUCUGACCUAUACUUCUGUUCUGAGCCUGACACCAUCACUCACACACCAGGGGCAAACUCUCACCUGCAGAGUGAGUUAUCCAACUGUUUCAUCAGAGCAGACCCUCAUACUGACAGUGCAAUACCCACCGCAGAAUCUUUCAAUUACUUCCUUUGAUGGGAUUAAAGAUUCAUCGAUAAAUAUAAUGGAGGGGAAAGCUGUGGUGAUUAUCUGCUCUGUUGAGAGCUUCCCAGCUUCUAACCUGAUGUGGGGACAUCUUAAUGCCACAAUGAACAGAACAAGUUCCAACAAUGAGCUGUGGUUGGAGAUUUUUCACAUUACGUACAGGGAGACGGGAGAUUAUCGGUGUGUGGCAGAGAAUGAGCAUGGAACAGUAGAGGGCUCCAUAACCAUCACCGUGGAAUAUGCACCACGGAAUCUCUCAAUUACUUCUCCUCAUAUAAUUAAAGACUCAUCAAUCAAUAUAAUUGCGGGGAAUUCUGCAGUGAUAAUCUGCUCUGUUGAGAGCCUCCCACCUUCUGACCUAAUGUGGAGACAUCUGAAUGUCACAAUGAACAGAACAAGUUCUAACAAUGAGCUGUGUUUGGAGAUUCCUCACAUUACAUACAGGGAGACUGGAGACUAUCAGUGUGUGGCAGAGAAUGAACAUGGAACAGUGAAGGGCUCCAUCACCAUCACUGUAGAAUACCCACCACAGAAUCUCUCAAUUUCUUCCCUUGAUUGGAUUCAAGAUUCAUCAAUCAAUAUAAUUGAGGGGAAAGCUGCAGUGAUAAUCUGCUCUGUCAAGAGCUUCCCAGCUUCUAACCUGACAUGGAGACGUUUUAAUGUCACAAUGAACAGAACAAGUUCCAACAAUGAGCUAUGGUUGAAGAUUCCUCACGUUACACAAAGGGAGACUGGAACCUAUCAGUGUGUGGCAGAGAAUGACCAUGGAGCAGUGGAGGGCUCCAUAACUAUCACUGUGCAAUAUGCACCACGGAAUCUGUCAAUUACUUCUUUUGAGAUUAAAGAUUCAUCAAUCAAUAUUACUGAGGGGAAAGCUGCAGUGAUAAUCUGCUCUGUUGAGAGUUUCCCAGCUUCUAACCUGAUGUGGAGACAUCUUAAUGCCACAAUGAACAGAACAAGUUCCAACAAUGAGCUGUGGUUGGAGAUUCCUCACGUUACAUCCAGAGAGACUGGAGACUAUCAGUGUGUGGCAGAGAAUGACCACGGAGCAGUGGAGGGCUCCAUAACCAUCACUGUGCAAUAUCCCCCACGGCAGACCACAGCGUCCAUCAGUGGAUCCUCAGGUGGGAUCAGAGAAGGACACAACAUCACAUUAACCUGCUCCAGUGAAGGUGUCCCACCGAUAUCUCAUUACUCUUGGUUCAGGAUCGAGGGAAACACGAGCACCCAGUUAAACACAAGCAGCCGGAUUCUCUCCUUCACUCCAGUGACACGUGGGAAUGAUGCCAGUUUCUACUGCACAGUGACAAACCCAUUGGGUAACAGCAGCUCUAACACGAUCCACCUGAACGUGGAAUUCUUAAUCUUCCUGCAUGUGCAAAAGAGAAAGACAGCGACUGAGGAGGCAGUUUCAAACACCAGUGACCUUUCAUUGAUCUACAGUCGACUGUCUGAGAAACACCAGGAUUCACAGAACAUCGUGGUUACUGACUCUCAGGACACAACUAGAGAUACAACUAGUGAGGGGGAAACACCAGCUCCCCGAGAUGUCUCUGAGGGUCCAGUGGGAGGAGAUGCAGCACACCACAAUAGAACUGAGGACCUUCUCUACGCCAACAUCAACUUCUCAAAGCUGCCCAGCAGUGAUGGGGCUGUGCACAGGGGUGAGAACACAGAACAUGCACAGAUCAGAUUCCAGCCAAGCUAAGAGAGAAACAGGGAGAGGGGUGUGAGAGUCAUGUGCAGCCAAUAUGGUUCAAU